GAGAGAGAGAGAGAGAGAGGGGGAAAAUAGUAGAGUCGAAGGGAGGAGAGGAGCGCAAAGCGCAACAUCUGCUGGGAUUUUGGGUGGCUGUGUUAUUAUUCUGCUCAAAAGGACGCGCUCGGACACCGAUAUCCGCUGAGAAGAUGGUACUCAUCAAGGAGUUCCGGGUGAUUCUGCCAAUAUCCGUGGAGGAGUACCAAGUGGGUCAGCUGUACUCUGUAGCCGAGGCCAGCAAAAAUGAAACAGGAGGUGGUGAGGGCGUUGAAGUCCUCAAAAAUGAGCCAUAUGAAAAAGAUGGUGAGAAGGGGCAGUAUACUCACAAAAUCUACCGCUUGCAAAGCAAAGUUCCGUCAUAUGUGCGGGUGUUGGCUCCAGCAAGCGCCUUCAAUAUACACGAGAAGGCAUGGAAUGCCUAUCCAUACUGCAGGACAAUCAUCACGAAUGAAUACAUGAAAGACAACUUCCUGAUUAAAAUAGAGACUUGGCACAAACCGGAUAUAGGAAACCAAGAUAAUGUCCAUGGACUGGACCCUGACACUUGGAAGCACGUGGAGGUCGUGUACAUUGACAUUGCCGACAGAAGUCAAGUUCUUCAUAAGGAUUAUAAGCCUGAAGAGGAUCCAGCAAAGUACAAAUCUGUAAAAACUGGCCGUGGCCCUCUAGGUCCAGAUUGGAAGAAAGAACUGCCACAGAAGACUGAUUGUCCUCAUAUGUGUGCCUACAAGCUGGUCACUGUCAAGUUCAAAUGGUGGGGCAUUCAGAAUAAGGUAGAGAGCUUCAUACAGAAGCAAGAGCGGCGUCUCUUCACAAACUUUCACCGGCAACUUUUUUGCUGGAUGGACAGAUGGAUUGAUCUGACAAUGGAGGACAUUCGCCGGAUGGAGGACCAAACCAAGAAAGAGCUGGAUGAGAUGAGAGUGAAGGAUCCAGUCAAAGGCAUGACAGCUAAUGAGGACUGAGAUCUGUAUGAAAACACAAUGAUCUCAACACCAGCGGCGGUGCAGCCAGAUUUUAACUGGAACACCUUGGAAUAAAAAAAAAUGAUACUGCGUCAAAAGCAGUGACUCAAAAUCAAGACCAUGUAGAUCUUUCUAGAUGUCCUAAAAUAUUGUCGUGAACAGCUAGAAAACAAAUUGUUUUUUCUUUUUUAAUAUAAACACUCCAUUUUAGCACAAAAUUUUCAAAAAAAUUAUGGUGACAUUGAAGUACAAUUUAGCAGCCUAAUGAAUUUUGGAAUGAUAAUGAAUAUCUUCUGUGUGUUACUUGGACCAAGCUGACCUUAGCACUGUUUGCUUUACUUGAUUUUUAUUGAUUUUUUUUUAAAGUUUUAAUAUAUUAAUUGAGCAUUAUAUAUAAUUCAAGGAUUAUUGUUUGAUUGUUUUGUUUUUUUGUUUUUGGUUUUUUUUGGGUUUGUGUAUUUUUUUUGUUCCAUGAUUGUUUUCAAUGAAGGAUAAUCAGGUCACCAUGACACAAAGCUGCUCUUGUCAGCACACCACUCAACCCAAAAAUGGAUUGCUAGUUUGAACAAAAUGACCUGUUAACAUGGUGGACUAUAAUAAAAUGUCACAUAAAAGAGCCAUGAAACACAAGCUGUGGCAUUUGGCAAGAGCUGCAAAGUAAAUGGGUGCUUUCUCCUCUAUUUACCAGAGUGUAUGGAGGGUUUGGCUGGGUGGUCUAAUGCCUAAGGAUAUGGGCUUCAGGCCACUGCUUAGCCAAAUCCAUGUUGGUAUUUGGAUCACGGUUUGGUCCUCAGAAAGACACAUUACCUCCCAGGACUCAACAUUUCAGAAUAUGUAUUUGAGAAGUUGUGUCAUAAUGAUCAUGUCAAGAGACUGGAAUGGGAUCUGUCAUGAAAUGUUUUUGAAUAUUGAUGAUAGAAAUGACCCUGUACUCCUAUAAUCAUUUUUAUGAGUGCGUCUGUGCAUCUCCAUGUUUUUAUGGUUCAGUGUGAGUGUUACAUGUACAUGCACAGAGGCAGAUUCUGUGUGGCUGGCUGCAGUGUUGUCACUAUACCUCUACUACUUUGUGUUUUUACUGUAGCUGCCUGAAGAAUUUGUAGCUGAUUUACUUCCUCUCGGAAAAUUUAGAUUUACUCUGGUCAGUGCCUCACUACCAGUUUGAGUUUACACCAGUUGGCUACAGCAUUCAGAAUGAUCACUAUCCAAUGGCCAUUUUGUGUUUACUCAGGCUGAAUACAGUUUUGUGUCUGGCCAGUGUCCUAAUGCUACUUUGAGUAUACUCAUGAGUGCCACCAUCUCACUGCUCUCCAAGUCUUAGGAUCUAUUCAGCCUUUUGCAGUCUGCAUUUUGGUGACUGGUCUGAGGGUUGCUGCUACUGUUGUGUGUUUGUGGUAUAAGACUACACUUUUAUAGCUGGCCAGUGGCCGGCUUCUACUACAAAGUUUCACCCCGCUCCCGACUGGUAUAAUCCUGUAAUUAUCUUGAAUUCUUUCCUUGGACACCAGCGUUUACCCGUUUAUCAUUCCCAGUUUAAAAAUCCUUCACAUUUGCCUGUUGCACUCCUUAAAGAAACAGAGAGCCGUACUUAUUCAAAAAGGAGCCCUAAAUGUACCUUGGGUGCAAGAACUGCAGAGUUUCUUUGGCCCAGUCCAAAGCAGACCUUUGUGUGGCAGUGUACAUGUUCAUGUGCAUGUAUGUAAGCCUACCUUGCACUGAACUCCGUGCCAUCUUAUUACCAUGGUGGUGUCUUGUGGCCCACUGCUGGGAAACAGAUUAGCAGACAUAUUCUUAAUACAAAAUGUUUGUGUAAUAGUUUAUCAGCACUUCAGACCAGGACCUGGUGCAGUUCAUUCAGCACUCUAUUCACUGAAAGUAGGAUUUAUUGUCAGAACAACCAAGGAUAAGCCCCUUUCAUUAACUUCAAAUACACUGUGUGUUUGGUCCUGAGCCACUAAGAUGUGCCCCAGAACUCCUUGACCCUGUAAUGGAUCAUGAGGAUUUAGAAAAUGGCUGUUGUGUAGCCACCACUGAACAUCUAGGCUACGACAUUUUGGCUUAUUUAGUCCAAGCAUAUUUAUCAUAAUUGCCUUUAUUGUUUUGAAAAUUUAAAAAGCUAUGAACCAGUUGUGCGUGGUGGAGUGUCAUAAGGUAGCAAAAAUGUGUUACUUUUAUUCUAAAUCUGUGCCUGAAUAUCUGAGGUUUUGUUUUUUUGUCUUCGAGCUCCCAUUCUGUCAUUGCAUUUAGUGCUCUAGCAUUACUAAUAUUGUUUUGCAUUUGAGUUGUCUUCCAUUAUGUGUGAGUUUUUUUUUGUUUUGUUGUUUUUCUCCCCCUGGAGAAUUCCAUAGUUUUUUUAUUUCAUUCUUAAAAAUGUAGAAAUUGUGAUCUGCUCUCCAAGUCUUUGGGCCUCAUCUUAUCAAAUAUUUACUGUAUUAGAAAUGACUUCCCUUCACUGAUAACUGCACCAUCUGAAGUCCUUCAUUUUGCUGCUAGGAAGUUAAAUUCCUCCAUUUUAAUCCUCGUCCAAGUGGUGGCUCAUAGGUUAGCUGUUCAGAUAGCUGCACAAAUAAGGGCCAUGACUGCAGUUCACAGCAUAUUUUGUUUGUGUGUUUUUCUUUCAUGUUUCUAAUGAAAUCAGAUCACUGCACAACCCUAAAGCAGUUAUUUAAGUGGUAUAAAGUAUUUGUCUAGAACCUGCCCCGGGUUUAUCAAUAGAGAUUUUGAAAAAGAAUAAAGGUUCUGUAAACUAAUGUGUAAUUAUAGGACCAGCAUAGAAAUAUUAAUAUAAUGACUGUAUAUGUACUGUAUUGUAUAUAUGAUAUUGUAUAUCUAAAUUGUCCUGCUGAAUAAAUAUAAAUAAUGAAAGUUA